CAGUUGGUGGAGGCGGGGGUGGGGGGCUGCCACCCUGGCUGAUGGUUCCGUGAUGGUGCUCUGUUUGCUGGAUGAAUUCCGCCGGAAGAUGGAACUUAGGAAGAUGUUGGCGGGCCUGAUCCUGGCUGCCUUCCUCCCUCAAGUGAGCCCCUUUAAGAUAUCUGUGGAGGAACUUGAGGACAACGUGUUUUUGAGUUGCAAUACCAGCAUCAUAUGGCUAAAGGGAACCGUGGGAACACCGUUAACAAGAAAUAAAGUUCUGGACCUGGGCAAACGUGUCUUGGAUCCAAGAGGAGUGUAUAAGUGUAAUGGGACAGAUGACGUCACCACGGAAGUCUCUACUGUGCAAAUAUAUUACCGAAUGUGUCAGAGCUGUGUGGAGGUGGGCUCGGCCACCCUGGCUGGCAUUGUCAUCGCUGACCUCACGGCCACUCUGCUUCUUGCUUUGGGAGUCUACUGCUUUGCAGGACACGAGACUGGAAGGGUCUCUGGGGGCCUUCCAGCUGCUGACACUCAAGCUCUAUUGAGGAAUGACCAUCUGUACCAGCCCCUCCGAAGUCGCGAUGACACUCAGUACAGCCAUCUUGGAGGAAACUGGCCCCGGAAGAAGUGUCCAUAGAACUGGUCACUUCUAGAAGGAAGCAUCAUUAUCAUAGCGCUUUCCUCUUUCUCUCUCUCU